GCGGCUCAUGAAGUAGUUUAAGCAUCUGGUGGAAACGCGUCGCUUGAAGUUACAUUUCGGACGAUGCAUCUUCAAGUUUUCCUCUAAGCGAUUUUUCUUCAGCGUAGACUACAGGCUCGCAUCGUGAAAACUGGAAAGAUCAGCUGUAGAAAUCACAGCUACAUGUCUGUUACUGAACAGUGUUUGUAGUGUGUCGUGAGAUGACUGAAGUGAUGAUCAGCGCCGCACCGAUGGAUGACAUGAGGCUGAGUCCCAGCAAAGACCGUCUCACCUUUCAGAUCUUUCCAGACCCGUCAGACUUUGAUUGUUGCUGUAAAUUGAAAGAUCGGCUGCCGUCCAUUGUGGUGGAACCAACAGACGGUGAGGUGGAGAGCGGCGAGCUGCGCUGGCCUCCGGACGAGUUCCUUGUGAGUGAAGAGGAAGAGGAAGAGCAUGACGGAAAUGUCCAGAAUGGUCUCAGUGUUAGAGAGAAUUAAACUGACUGUGUCUCUCACUUAAUUACACACACACACACACACACACACAGGUUCACAAAAGUAAUAGAUCGAUCACACAAACACUCACACUCACUUAAGAUUGCGCACUGACAAAAAUAUUAUUUACAAAAAAUAACUGGUUCAUUGACCCACACACACACAAACACACACACACUGUACUGUGACUGUCUGUUUGUCCAGCCUCACAACACACCCAAUGGGCAAAGAUAAUGUCAGGACACCCAAAACACGAAAUGCUCCCACUGUCUGAACGUGUCUGUCAGUCUGUCAGUCUGUCUGUCUGUUUGUCUGUCUGUGUUUGUGUGUGCUCCUAAAGUGGUUGUAAAAUUCUUUGAGGUUGUCAAGUCAAUUUAGCUUACAGUUUGUUUGGGAGAUUUCAUUGACUGUUGAAAUGCACAGAGGGUUUGAUGGAGGUCAGAGUCAAUAGAAGGUAAUUUUCUUUCAAAUAACAGAAGAUGCGAAUUAUAUUUGUAUGCAAAAGAAUUAUUUCACUGUAUAUAUUUUCUCAUGCUGUUUUUUGUUGUGAAAAACAAAUUAUCAUGUGCUUUGGUGGAGCAGAUUUAAUGAAGUCUUUACUGACCUUAAACAUCAUGAAUGAAACAUAAAAAAAAAUGAAUAAAACUAGUUGUCUUCCUGUCUCACACUGUGUUUUGCUUAGUAAAGCUGCAAAUUGACAUGCGUCUCUUAUUAACUAAUGGAACAGUUCCACUAGUUCUAGUUGUUCAAGUCAUAUUGUAAAUUAUAUUUACACAGAAUGUGUGAUCAUGUGUCUCUAUCCGUGUAUGUAUCUGUGUAUAUAUAGAUAAAUACUGUGUGUGUGUGUGUGUGUGUGUGUGUGUGUGUGUGUGUGUCCGUCCCUUUUUCCAUGUCUUCGUUCUGGGCACUUCCUGUCUGCAGCAUCUGUAUGUCCCUCUUCAUCUGUAAAAAGCUCAGGGAGAGUCACAACUGUAUGUUAGUUUGUAUUAUUUUGUAUCUACACCACUGUGUCUCUGUGCAUGGCAGAGGUUGUAAAUAAAAGUUUUGAAAGUGC